AUGGUUAAGGCUAAGAGGAGGCCUGUUUUUGCUGAUUAUGGCAGCGAAAGUGAUGAUGAUAAUGAUGGCAAGGGAUUCAAGAGGUAUAUUGAGAAAAAAUCUGCCAAGCUGCAAAAGCAAAGAGCCGGCAAUAAGGAACCAGAAUUUGAUAUAGAGAACCUUGAUCCAGAGGAGAGACAAGGUUUCGUACGACAAGAAGCAAAAUCAAUUUAUAUAAAUGAUUUACUUAAAUCGAAGGAGCAACGAAAUUUAGAUAAACUGCACAUUGAGUCGGAGAAGAACCGACUGCAGAAUGAAAUCAAUAAGCCAUUAAAUGGUAAUACGGAUACUUUUAUAACCCAAUGUUAUCAAGACAGAAAAAAAGAAUAUGAGCUGGCCGCAGAGGUCGCAGAGAGUGAGUUGAAGGAUCAGAAAAACUCAAUCAACAAUAAUGGCCUUUUAGGGAAUGCCGCUCAAGGUGUUGCCUUACGUCUACUUUUGGCUGACGAAAAGGGAACGAAUAGAGAGAAUAGUGCUAAGUCAUCAAACGUUGACCCAUUGAGGGACUCCCAUUCGCGCGAAAGAUCAGUAAAGUAUGGUAACGACGUUUUUACGGCAGACGGCUAUACCACGAAGUCGAGAAAUGGAUCGGAAACCAGCAGGACUGUAGACGUGUUGAACUGGGGCCCGAUUGUAGGAGAAGAGCUAAUAAGCGUAUUUCUGCAGCCAACUAAAACAUCACAAGAGCUACAGGCGCAUUUAGAGCAGUAUAAGAUGCGCCACAGUGAUAAAUCAUCAUAA